CCACACACUACCAGUCAGUUGACUCACUGUACAAGACUCUCCCCUUCACUUCACUCUACUGCAGGGUGGGAGAUGCAACAAUGGUCUUGAGAACAGCAGGUGGUCGUCUUUCUCUGGUGGUCUUUCUCUGGUCUGUAGCAGUGGUACUGAGUCAGAAUGGCUGGAGUGUUACUUACACCACUCAGAGUAUCUGUCCCUUGAAGGGGUCAUCAGUGGAGAUGUCCUGCUCUUACACAUAUCCCAGUGGUACAGUCACAACAACCUUCUGGUUCAUCAAAAAGUAUGAUGUGGAGAAUUAUGUGAGUCUGUUAGAUGACCCAGACUACAAAGGUCGUGUGACGUACCGUAGUGAUAAGACGAAUGGACACACCCUGACAAUCACAGACCUGAGAGAAAGUGACUCAGCUACGUACAAAUUCAGAUUUAUAACAGAUCAGACCAGAGGGAAAUAUUAUGGUGAUCCUGGAGUCACUCUGUCUGUUACAGACCUGCAGGUGAAGGUGACCACUACAUGGUGGUCAAUGACACUGACCUGUAGCACCACCUGUACUCUGACUGGUAGCCCCACCUACAUCUGGUACAGGAACACUGUUGAGGGUCACAGUUAUUUCCACGUGACUUACACCCAUCAGAGGAUCUGUACCUUGAAGGGGACAUCAGUGGACAUAUCCUGCUCUUAUACUUAUCCCAGUGGUCAUACAGUCUCUGAAACAAUCUGGUAUACAAAAGGAAAACUUGAUGAGGCGUCUCAAAUCCUGAGCCCGGGGUAUGGAGGUCGUGUGGAGUACCUUGGAAAUAUGCAGAGUGACUCCAUCCUGAGAAUCACAGACCUGAGAGAGGAGGAUUCAGAUGAGUAUAAGUUUAGAUUCAGAACAGAUCAGACAACCUGGGAGCCCACCUUCCCUGGAACAACUCUGACUGUCACAGGUCUGCAGGUGAAGGUGACUCCUGCCACUGUGACAGAGGGACAGAAGGUGACACUGACCUGUAGCACCACCUGUACUCUGAGUGACAACCCCACCUACAUCUGGUACAAGAAUGGACAUGUAACCAACCAAUCUACCAGUCUGUUCCUAAACCCAGUCAGCAGUGAGGAUGCAGGCAGAUACUCCUGUUCUGUAGAAGGACAUGAGGAUCUCCCCUCUGCUGAAGAGACUCUCACUGUCACAUAUGGACCAAAGGACACCUCAGUGUCAGUCAGUCCCUCUGGUGAAAUAGUGGAGGGCAGUUCAGUGACUCUGACCUGCAGCAGUGAUGCCAACCCACCUGUGGACAAAUACACCUGGUACAAGAAGAACGUAACCUCACCAAAAGCAUCAGGACAGAGUUACAGCAUCACUAACAUCAUCUCUGAGGACAGAGGAGAAUAUUACUGUGAGGCCCAGAAUGGAAGAGGAUCUAUGAACUCUACAGCUCUGAUGAUCAUUGUAGCAGGGAAACAAACAUCAGUUCUGACUGCAGCUGUAGGAAUCAUAGUGGUUGUUCUGGUUCUCAUCCUCUGUCUCUCUGGACUCAUGUGGUUCAGGAGAUCCACAGCAGGAAGUGAUGCCACAACAGGGAUACAGAGUGUCCAUCCUGAUCCUAACAGUGAGACGUACACAGCUCUGAACAUGAAGACCAGGUCACCAGAGUAUGACACCCUGGCAGUUUUCCAGACAAUGACCUUUAACCUUUGA